GAGGAGGCGGCGGCUGAGGAGAAGCCGGUUGAGGGGGGUCGGCCGGGCCCCGUGCUUCCCUUCCCGUCGACGGGCCUCCCGCCGCCCCGGACUCCCGUCUCCCGCCCGCCGCCGCCAUGUCCGCCGAGCCGCCUCCGCCGCCGCCGCCGCCGCCAUCGGAGCGGGCCGCCCUGCCCGCCGCCAACCACCACAACAAAAGCGGGGCCGACCCCGCCCCGACCCCCGCCGCGCCAACGGAGGAAGUAUUUGGUGAUGCAUCUCCAGGAAAACAAAAAGAAAUCCAAGAAACAGAUCCCACUUAUGAAGAAAAAAUGCAAACUGAUCGAGCGAACAGAUUUGAGUAUCUGUUGAAGCAGACUGAGCUGUUUGCACAUUUCAUUCAGCCUGCUGCUCAAAAAACUCCCACGUCACCUCUGAAGAUGAAACCGGGACGCCCCCGAAUAAAGAAGGAUGAAAAGCAGAAUCUUCUGUCAGUUGGCGACUACCGGCAUCGUAGAACUGAACAAGAAGAAGAUGAGGAGCUGUUAACUGAAAGUUCCAAGGCAACCAAUGUGUGCACACGAUUUGAAGAUUCUCCAUCAUAUGUAAAGUGGGGUAAACUGAGAGAUUAUCAAGUACGAGGACUAAAUUGGCUCAUUUCUUUGUAUGAGAAUGGUAUCAACGGGAUCCUCGCAGAUGAAAUGGGUCUGGGAAAGACACUUCAAACCAUUUCUCUUCUUGGGUACAUGAAACACUAUAGAAAUAUUCCUGGCCCACAUAUGGUAUUGGUUCCCAAGUCUACUCUACACAACUGGAUGAAUGAGUUCAAGAGAUGGGUCCCAACACUUCGAUCUGUUUGCUUGAUUGGUGAUAAAGAACAGAGAGCUGCCUUUGUCAGAGAUGUCUUGUUACCAGGCGAAUGGGAUGUAUGUGUAACAUCAUAUGAAAUGCUCAUCAAAGAAAAGUCGGUGUUCAAAAAGUUUAACUGGCGGUAUUUAGUCAUAGAUGAAGCCCACAGAAUCAAAAAUGAAAAAUCUAAGUUGUCAGAAAUAGUGAGGGAAUUCAAGACAACGAAUCGACUGCUGUUGACAGGAACACCACUUCAGAACAACUUGCAUGAGCUCUGGGCACUUCUCAACUUUCUGUUGCCAGAUGUCUUUAACUCAGCUGAUGACUUUGAUUCAUGGUUUGAUACAAAUAACUGCCUCGGGGAUCAAAAACUAGUUGAACGUCUUCAUAUGGUUUUGCGGCCAUUCCUCCUCCGAAGAAUUAAGGCUGAUGUGGAAAAGAGUUUACCUCCAAAGAAGGAAGUUAAAAUUUAUGUUGGUCUCAGUAAAAUGCAAAGAGAAUGGUACACAAGAAUCCUGAUGAAGGACAUAGACAUAUUAAACUCUGCAGGAAAAAUGGACAAAAUGAGGCUGUUGAACAUUCUUAUGCAAUUGCGGAAGUGCUGCAAUCAUCCAUACCUCUUUGAUGGAGCGGAACCUGGUCCUCCUUACACAACAGAUAUGCAUCUAGUUACUAAUAGUGGAAAAAUGGUGGUACUAGAUAAACUGCUUCCUAAAUUGAAAGAGCAAGACUCACGAGUACUGAUUUUCAGUCAGAUGACAAGAGUUUUAGAUAUUUUGGAAGAUUACUGCAUGUGGAGAAAUUAUGAGUACUGCAGGUUGGAUGGGCAGACACCUCAUGAUGAGAGACAAGACUCCAUCAAUGCAUACAAUGAACCAAACAGCUCCAAAUUUGUAUUUAUGCUGAGCACACGUGCCGGGGGUCUUGGAAUCAAUCUUGCUACUGCUGAUGUUGUAAUUUUAUAUGACUCUGACUGGAAUCCACAAGUAGAUCUUCAGGCUAUGGAUCGGGCACAUAGAAUUGGACAAACCAAGACUGUUAGAGUAUUCAGAUUUAUCACCGACAACACAGUGGAGGAAAGAAUAGUAGAGCGUGCUGAGAUGAAACUCAGAUUGGAUUCAAUAGUUAUUCAACAAGGAAGGCUAGUGGAUCAAAAUCUGAAUAAAAUUGGGAAAGACGAAAUGCUGCAAAUGAUUCGGCAUGGUGCAACACAUGUGUUUGCUUCAAAAGAAAGUGAGAUUACUGACGAGGAUAUCGACGGUAUCUUGGAAAGAGGUGCAAAGAAGACCGCAGAAAUGAAUGAAAAGCUCUCCAAGAUGGGUGAAAGCUCACUCAGAAACUUUACAAUGGAUACAGAAUCCAGUGUUUAUAACUUCGAAGGAGAGGACUACAGAGAAAAGCAAAAGAUGGCAUUCACAGAGUGGAUUGAACCACCCAAGCGAGAAAGAAAAGCCAACUAUGCAGUUGAUGCAUAUUUCAGGGAAGCUCUUCGUGUCAGUGAACCCAAAGCACCCAAGGCUCCUCGACCACCAAAACAACCCAAUGUUCAGGAUUUCCAGUUCUUUCCACCACGCUUAUUUGAAUUGUUGGAAAAAGAAAUUCUGUAUUACAGAAAAACCAUUGGGUACAAGGUACCUAGAAACCCUGACCUUCCAAAUGCAGCCCAAGCUCAGAAAGAAGAACAGCUCAAAAUUGAUGAAGCUGAACCCCUUAAUGAUGAAGAGUUAGAAGAAAAGGAAAAGCUACUAACACAGGGUUUUACCAACUGGAAUAAACGUGAUUUUAACCAAUUCAUCAAAGCUAAUGAGAAGUGGGGCCGUGAUGAUAUAGAAAAUAUAGCAAGAGAAGUGGAAGGCAAAACUCCAGAGGAAGUCAUUGAGUACUCAGCUGUGUUCUGGGAAAGAUGCAAUGAACUCCAAGACAUUGAGAAGAUUAUGGCUCAGAUUGAAAGGGGAGAAGCAAGAAUUCAAAGAAGAAUCAGUAUCAAAAAAGCACUUGACACAAAGAUCGGACGAUACAAAGCACCUUUCCACCAGCUGAGAAUUUCCUACGGUACUAAUAAAGGUAAAAACUACACAGAGGAAGAGGAUCGAUUUCUAAUCUGCAUGCUUCACAAACUUGGAUUUGACAAGGAAAAUGUUUAUGAUGAACUACGACAGUGCAUUCGCAACUCUCCUCAGUUCAGAUUUGAUUGGUUCCUCAAGUCCAGGACGGCAAUGGAGCUUCAGAGGAGGUGCAACACCUUAAUCACCUUGAUUGAAAGAGAAAACAUGGAACUGGAAGAAAAAGAAAAGGCAGAGAAAAAGAAACGAGGACCAAAGCCUUCGGUACGUGCCCAGAAACGUAAACUGGAUGGAGCACCCGAUGGCCGAGGAAGGAAAAAGAAGCUAAAACUGUGAAAGGAGAAUUGUUUUAUAAUCACUAAAUUUAAAAGUAGUUCUUUAAUUUACGGGUCUUCAUAAGAUGUACUGUACAAUGCUCAACUAUUAUGUCAUUAAAGGACAUCGGGUUCAUCUGUUUACUGAAUUAGAAACAUAGUACUUAAUGUAGUUUCACUUUUUUAAAUGCAACAGCUGUGCUGAAAUUUUUUUUACCAUUAACACUUGAAGUAAUAAAAUAGGCUUCAUUUAUUAAUAAAUGCUUCAUUUGAUUUAUUUUUCUACUGUAGGUCUACUUGAGAAGAUAAUGAAUGUUUUGUUUUUAACUAUAGGUUUGUAAACAAUUUCUAGAUAACUUUUGUAAUAAAUACCAAGCUAUGACAAACGUGCAUAUCACUGGUAGCCUUAGUCCUUACUCUUAGACCAUUAGUUGACCUAGAAGUUUUAAGUCUCCUCCUUGAGCACCAUAAGUCUUAUUUCUAAGGUCAUGCAGAUGCCAUUCUCCUUGCUCACUAUGUGGGUAAGAUGAAAUUAAAGCAGAAGGCGGGCUUAGCUAAGUCAAUUCUGUCCACCCUCCAUUUGCCGUGCCUCUUACUUCAAUGCCCUCUCCUACUGGAAAUGUUGCUUAUUGUAUGAAUGUACCUGCUAGCAAGCAAGAGGAAUAACUUUAGUUUUCUAUAUUGUACUCUCCCAAGCACUAGUGCAGUGUUCUGCACACAGUAAGUGCUCAGAUAUGAUUGAUAGGUCCUGUUGGAUGGACAUCUGCCAGUGCUAGAGAUUUCAUUGAACAGCCCUUAUGUCCGGGGCCAGAGCCAACACGAGGGUGAACUCGAUAGCAUAAGCACUUUCUUCCAGGUAGGAAGUAAUUGCUUCCUGGGGGAUUAGAAAUUAAUUUGUCCCAUUGGCUACAGUUGUCCGUUUUGAAACUUUUUUCCGAGGCAGAUCUAUAGAUAAUCCGAUUGCGACUGGUUAUAAGACUAGAUGCGGUUUUGCUUAGAAUUGAUAGCCGAGGCAGGAAUGCCCAAAUUAGGUGGAGUCAAGACUUCAGUGGCAGGUCCCAGGUGCCUGUAUGCUACAUGUAAUUUGUAUAUUUUAUAUGUGCAAAUUGAGUUCAGAACAAUUCCCCGUUUUUCUAGGGGAAUGCAAUAAAUGUAGCAAAAUGAAUAAAUACAAUUUUUCUAA